GCUACGGCUCUCUACUGCCCAUACCGCUACCACUGUACGUGCCUGCUGACCGCCGAGCGCCGAGCAAUCCUUGGAGCCGGCCGAUCCCGGCGUGGUUCGGUGGUGGCACUCUAUUACCGCAACUGCUGUCUGUACCUCAGAGCUGAGCAGCAGCGUGGCAAGUGCCACCUGCUGCACGGCCAUCGUCUGCAACUGCAUCGCUCGCUCUCUCCUUUCACUGGGAACAUCUAUCAGCUCGCGCUCAUUGGCCAUCUUUGGCUUCCAUGGAGAGGCUCAUUGCCGGCCUACUUGGCUUCCUAUUGGUUGCAUCGGUAGGAAGCCAUGCAGCUCGUGCUCCGGAUCAGUACUGGAAGUCUGCUCUUCCCAACACUCCCAUGCCGACCUCCCUCUCCCAACUCCUCGACGCCGCUCCAGCCGGCGGCGGCACGACCGUCAACGUCGGCUGGGGCGGUGUUCACGUCGAUGCUGGGCACGGUAAGCCCGGGGGUACGACGGUUGACGUAGGCAAGGGCGGCGUCGGCGUCAACGUUAACCCUGGCAGGAGCGGCAAGCCCGGCGGCACGACGGUUGGCGUCGGGAAGGGCGGAGUCGGCGUUAACGUCAACCCGGGAUACGGAAAGCCCGGCGGCACCACCGUUGGCGUCGGAAAGGGUGGCGUUGGCGUUAACGUCAACCCCGGCAAGCCCGGUGGCACAACGGUCGGCGUCGGCAAGGGCGGAGUGGGCGUCAACGUCAAUCCCGGCAAACCGGCCGGUGGUGCCGGUACAACCGUUGGCGUUGGCAAAGGCGGCGUGGGCGUGGGCGUCAAUCCCGGGCACGGCAAGCCGGGCGGCACCACGGUCGGCGUUGGCAAGGGCGGGGUUGGCGUUCACGUGAACCCGGGAAAGAAGCCCGUCCACGUCAACGUCUCCCCUUUCAUCUACACGUACGCCGCGUCGGAGACGCAGCUGCACGACGACCCCAGCGUGGCGCUCUUCUUCCAGGAGACGGACCUCCGGCCCGGUAAGAAGAUGACCGUCCAGUUCGCCAGCACCGGGACGACCGGCACCAAGUUCCUCCCGCGGAGCGAGGCCGAGGCCAUCCCGUUCUCCUCACAGAAGGUGCCCGAGAUCCUCGCCCGCCUCUCGGUGGACCCGGACUCCGUCGAGGCGGCGGAGAUGGCGCAGACGCUGCGCGACUGCGAGGCGCCCGCGGCCAAGGGCGAGAAGAAGGCGUGCGCCACGUCGCUGGAGUCCAUGGUGGACUUCGCCACCGCCAGCCUCGGGACCAGGCACGUGAGGGCCGUGUCGACCGUCGUGGCGAAGGAGGGAUCGCCGAAGCAGGAGUACACGGUGACCGGCGUGGAGCGCGCUGCCGGCGGCACCGACGACGACGGCCGGGUCGUGGCCUGCCACGCGGAGCCGUACGCGUACGCCGUGUUCGCGUGCCACCUGACGCCGCAGACGCGGGCGUACUCUGUGUCGAUGCUCGGCAGGGACGGCACGGCCGUGGACGCUGUCGCGGUGUGCCACGCCGACACGUCCGGCUGGAACCCCAAGCACGUCGCCUUCCAGGUGCUCAACGUGAAGCCCGGCACCGUGCCGGUCUGCCACUUCCUGCCGCAGGACCACGUCGUCUGGACCCGCAGCGGCUGAGUCUGCUGGAUGGCCGCCGUUUGCUCGCGUCGCGCCGCCUGGAGUGAUUUGUUAUGUUCCAGUGGCCUCUAGGCAUACUGUCAUAUUAUUAUUAUACCGAGGUAUCACGAGUUUGCUUAUGUUUCCAGUACUUGAUGCUUGUAUGGAUAUGGUGUAGCCAGCUCAGCAAGUAUCAACCCACCUGCUUAAUUCUGUUGUAUAGUUUUAAAUAAACAGACAACCUCUUUAUGGUUACUGCUCUCA